AUGGCUACUUUGCACUUCGUUCCCCAACAUGAGGAAGACCAGGUUUACUCCAUUUCUGGGAAGGCACUCAAGCUAACCACCAGUGACGAUAUCAAGCCAUACUUGCAAGAACUGGCUGCUUUGAAAAUCUGCACCAAAUUAGACUUUUCAGGUAAUACCAUUGGUACUGAAGCGUCGGAAGCAUUAGCUAAAUGUAUCGCUGAAAAUACUCAGGUCAGAGACUCUUUGGUUGAAGUAAAUUUUGCCGAUCUAUACACUUCGAGAUUAGUUGACGAAGUCGUCGAUUCGUUAAAGUUUCUGUUGCCUGUUCUAUUGAAAUGUCCUAGCUUGGAGAUUGUGAACCUUUCCGAUAAUGCCUUUGGGCUAAGAACAAUCGAGUUACUAGAAGAUUACAUUGCACAUGCUGUGAAUAUUAAACAUUUGAUCUUGAGUAACAACGGUAUGGGCCCCUUUGCUGGUGAAAGGAUUGGUAAGGCCCUAUUUCAUCUUGCUCAAAACAAGAAAGCCGCUUCUAAAUCAUUCUUGGAAACUUUUAUUUGUGGGAGAAAUAGAUUAGAGAAUGGUUCCGCAGUGUACUUGGCCCUGGGGUUGAAAAGUCACUCCGAAGGCCUGAAAGUUGUAAAGCUAUAUCAAAACGGUAUCAGGCCUAAAGGUGUUGCUACACUAAUUCAUUACGGUUUACAGUACUUGAAAAAUUUAGAAAUCUUGGAUCUUCAAGACAACACUUUCACAAAGCAUGCCUCUUUGAUCCUUGCUAAGGCCUUACCUACUUGGAAGGACAGUUUAUAUGAAUUGAAUUUGAACGACUGUCUUUUGAAAACUGCUGGUUCAGAUGAAGUCUUCAAAGUAUUCACCGAAGUCAAAUUCUCCAAUUUACAUGUCUUGAAAUUCGAAUAUAAUGAAAUGGCUCAAGAAACCAUUGAAGCAUCUUUCUUACCUGCUAUGGAAAGAGGAAACUUACCUGAAUUAGAAAAAUUAGAAAUCAAUGGUAAUAGAUUAGAUGAAGAUUCCGAUGCUCUCGAUCUGCUUCUAAGCAAAUUUGAUGAUUUGGAGGUUGAUGAUUUUGAAGAGGUCGAUAGUGAAGAUGAGGAAGACGAGGAAGACGAGGACGAAGAUGAAAAACUCGAAGAAAUUGAAACGGAAAAGCUUGAAAAAGAACUUCUAGAAGUGCAAGUAGAUGAUCUUGCUGAACGUUUAGCUGGAACUGAAAUCAAAUAG